AUGACAGCUUCCCCGGAGACCACCUCGGUCUCAUCAUCAACCACCAACGUCCCCCAAACCACCGGCGAUCCCCAAGAUCUGGAUCUAGCAGAAAAAAACAUCGAAGAAAACAAAAGCAGCCAAUCAGACGAAAGCGCAGAUGAAAUCAGAAGUAUUCAGGGCUGGCGAUGGCUCGCCAUACCACCAUCGCGGCGAAUAUUCAGUCUAAUGUGGUCGAGACGUUUGGCGCUGUUUGAGAAGCUAGCUUGGCUGGGAACGGGGUUUUCGUUGGGGUCGAUUGCAAUUAUUAUGUGUGUGGGCAAGGCGUUCGGUAUCUUUAAUCUACGGGUCUUGCAUAUCAGCUCGCUGGUCAUGUUCGAGGCUGGAAGUGCCCUUUGUGGAGGUGCACCCAAUAUGAAUGCAUUGAUCUGUGGUCGUAUCUGGGCUGGUAUGGGUGGUGCCGGCAUGUAUCUUGGAGGGCUGAAUACAAUGGCAAUUUUCACAACCAAAGCCGAAAAAGCAGUUUACAUCGGUUUGAUUGCGCUCUUCUGGGGUGUAGGCUGCAUUCUUGGACCGAUCAUUGGAGGCGCUUUUGCUGAUAGCGGAGCAACAUGGCGAUGGGCCUUCUAUAUCAACCUAGUUAUCUUCGGCGCCCUAGCACCAGCCUACUACUUCACGCCCUCCUUCGACCCCCAACCCACCAAAUCCAUCGGCAAAAAACUCCGCGAUGUCGACUGGGUCGGUACCGUGCUCAAUGCCACUGUAUACGUCACAUUUGUGAUGGCCCUAACCUUUGGAGGAGCAACUUGGCGCUGGGGCGCAGGAGGCACAAUCGGCAUGUUCGUCGCCUUUGGCGUGAGUCUGAUCGCCUUCUCGAUUCAACAGACAUUCUCAAUAUUCACCACGGAAGAAAACCGGAUUUUCCCUAUCGACUUCCUGCGAAGACCCGUUUUGAUUCUACUGUAUGUUCUGACGGCAUGCUCUGCGACGGGCUUGUUUUUGGCACUGUAUUAUAUCCCCGUCUAUUUCCAAUUUGCGCAUGGAGAGAACGGUAUCACCUCCGCUGUGAGAUUACUUCCCUUCGUCAUCCUGUUCGUUUUCUUUGUCAUGGUCAAUUCAUUUGUCAUGUCCAAGACAGGGUGGUAUAUGCCCUGGUUUGUGUUCAGUGGAAUCUUCAUCACCAUCGGCGCGGCGUUGAUGUACGCUCUUGUCAACAGCAAUACCAGUAACAGCGCCAUAUACGGAUAUAGCGUUAUCCUCGCUCUUGGUGUUGGAAGUACAUGUCAAGCUGCGUACUCAAUUGCAUCAGCCAAAGUCGAUCCUCACCGUACUUCCGAUGCUGUUGGUUUCAUUAAUUCGGCUCAAAUCGGAUCUAUCACGAUUUCCCUGUCUAUCUCGGGUACAAUUUUCCAGAAUAUCGCGUAUCAGAAUAUUCAGGCUGCGACAGAAGGGCUGGGUUUCACGCCGGCGGAUAUUCACGCGGCCAUUGCCGGUGCAAAGAGUGUUAUCUUUGAUGAUACGACGGCUGAGGUGAGAGCGGUUGUUGUGGAGGGUAUUGUAAAUGCUAUUGAUGAUGUUUACAUCAUGGCUAUUGCCGCUGGGGCAUUUGCUACUGUCGCGGCGUUUUUGCUUCCUAGGGAGAGGCUCUAUAUUGAGAUGGCAGCUGGUGGUUAA